UAACAGGACAGGCUGCGAAGGGCGCCUCGCACGCACGCUACGCGUCAAGGUUGCACAGGACGCAGCCCCGCGACGCCUCUACCGAUAGACCAGCAGCCCGCGCUCGAAGGGCUGCGGCGCAGAGGCCCGGUACGUAAGACCACAACCGACGAAGCCAAUCAUGGCCUUGGUCCUGCACAACGCCGCCGAGGCGGCGAAGCGCCAGCCGAACAAGCGCAAGACGCCCGUGCCCACGGUCCCCGGCGGCGAAGUACUCAUCGAAGUGCAACCGACCGACGCGGGCCGCGAAGCUCUGCAGCGCCUCCACAAAGCGUCAAAUGCGCCGUCCCUCGUCACACUGGCGGCGCACUUCCCGCCCUCGUCGGCGCCUUGUUCCACGAGAGACGCUCGGUUAGUGGCGGACGCCGCUAAAGCAUUGUGUAGAGGUGCUACGGCGACCCAUCUACGAGGCCUCGAGGUGAGUGGCCAAGUACCUUCGCAGUGUGUGGAUGCGGUCCUAUCAACACUAUCCCUGCAACCGAAGCAAAGCGUGUCGUGCGGGCUGCGCUACGUGACCCUGGAAAGCCUCGCGCUCUCCGCCGAGUCGACGAGAUUACUAUGUGGCUCUCUCGGAAAGUGUCCCGCGUCCAUCAUCUCGUUGCGACGAUGCGGUCUCGACGAUUCAUGUGCCAUUCACGUCGCCAAUUUGAUAAGAGCGCACGCGUGCCAGCGCGACGAGUCCGCGUGGGCGCGCGGCUUACGACUCGAUGCCUCGAAACGGCGCCUGCCCGGCGAGGGCGGGUUGCGAGCGUUUGACCUGACCCACAAUUGUCUGGGAGAUGCGUUGUGCGACCACGUGGCUUCCGCGCUGUCGGCGGACCAACACCUGUUGGCAUUGAAUUUGAGUCACAACCGCGUCACAGCUAAAGGAGCGCAACAUUUCGCUUCCGUGUUGGUGGAUGCUCCGUCCGAGGGCAACGCCUUGCUGUGGUUGGGUCUGGAAGGCUGCAAAGGGUUUCUGAGUGACGCCUACGCACAAACCUCGAAGGCACUCGAACAGAGGAGAGAGAAGGAGUCAACUAGUAGUAUGGCCGAGGCCGACGCGGCAGCAAGGCAAUUAAUAGAGUGCUGGCUACGGGAUGCCACGACCACACCCCCGACGGAACUGCUCAUAGCGAACAGCCAGAAGCCGCCCUCGCCAGACGACGCAGCGGCGGAGCUCUUCGCGAGACGCGUGGGCACGCACGCCCCUUCUCAAAGAUUCCGGAGCCCGGAGGAACUUGAUGCUUGCUUGAGAGGUGUCCGCGUCGACGUCGCGGAUGCCAGAGAACUGCGAGCAGCAGACGCGGCGGUACGUAGAGCCGCGAAAGCUUUGCGGCGAGAUUCCGAUUGUGAUGAAUGGGCCGCCUCCUUAGCUUCGUCGGACGGCUGCGUGUCGAGUGCCGCUGUUUUAUCUGGACUGAGAGUACUACUGGCAGGAAGCCCGCAAGCGUUGAUCGACGCGGCGGCGCGUCGACUGGACGCCUUGGCGGGGCAAGCUCCCGGCGUGCGCGUGCCUGCGACGGAGUACGGGCAAGCGUUGCGGGAGGCCGCGGAGCAUUCGGGUGAUCAGCACGCGGCCGCUCGCGACGACGCCGUCGGUGCUGUUCUCGACGCUAUCGAUGCGUACGUCAAGACGAAGGGACGCGUGGGGCUGUUCCAGGACAUCGCUGGGAAGAAGCGUAGCGCGUCGGUGGCCGACCUGCGGGACUUUUUGAGUCGGGAAGGCCUCGGGACGGUGACAAUCGAGGCGGCGACCGAUCAACAAGAUGAGUUGAACUUCGUGUCUUCGUCUCGAGCGCGGCGCGGGACGAAGCAGUCCGCGAAGAAGGCAAGACUCCCGCGCGACGCGGAACAGGGCGACCUGGCCUCGUACUUGGUGGCGUUGGCCGGUGCGCCUAAAAGGUUGACAGCGACGCAACUGGGAGCUGCCUUGAUCGAUGCGAAACGUAGAGCCUCGCGAGCGUUGGAAGUUGCGUCGCAAGCGUUGGCUGUGAGAGGCGUCGCAACUUCCUUACAAGUUGACCUGGAGGAGUGGAGCCGCGCCCUGGACCCGGACGUGACGGGCAAAGUGUCCAAGGCGACCCUCAUCGAAAGUCUCAUGUCAAGUCAGCCGGCCCUGCAAGCGGCCGGCGACCCGGCGAAGCUCGCGGCAUCUUUACAGGCCGACGCCAUCCUCGCCUUCGCCGGCUGCGACGAGGCGGACUGCCAAGUUGAUGACGUCUGUCGCGUGCUGACGGAGAGUGGUGAUGUCGGUGCCAAGGCUCUCAGACGAGUCGCCCACGGCGCCGGCGCCUGUAGCGUGCUCGAACAUGCUCGCAAGAACCGCUGGACCAUCUCGACAUUGACAAGGCAACUGCGAGGCAAGAAGGACGCCGCGCGCGCGCCGCCGGGCUGCACUCGCAACGAACUGAGGUCGGCUCUACGACGGUGGGGUCUGACGACCCAGGAAGAGAACUGCGUCGACCGGUUCCGGGAGAUGACUACCAGAAAACCUAUAAUCGUGCCGCCUUCACCCAAGAAAACUGUCCAGAAAAAGAAGGAACCGACUGUUUCCAAUAAGAAAGUAACAGUGCUGUCGCUGGCGGACGUGUUGACCUUUGCUCGCAGAGUCGCUGACGACGACGCUGCUGCCGUGUCUUCCACUCGCUUAGAUGAUGCGGUCCGACGAUCGAGGAGACGAGCAGCCACGGCCGCGAAGUUACGCGAAGGCGCGUCCGACUUGGAGGCUCUACGAGCCGAGUUACGGGACCGCGGCGUCGAACUAGAUGCCUGGCUCGAAGCCGCUGAACGAGUAGUCCCUUUAUCCGGUGAAUUGCAUCCUUCCGGGACUCUCUCCGCACCCGCGGCUCUAUCCGCGGCGGACCUAGCUACUGGACUGAGCGGCUUGAUGCGCGUCAGCGAAGCCCCGGCCGCGGCCCGGGACGCCCUGACGUCCAUCGUCGACCGCGCGGUUCAUGCUCUUGCGGCCUAUGCGCGCGAGCCGAGCGACUUCCCGGCUCUUGAGUUGCGAGAGUUGCGCGCGGCGAACGCGCGAGCGGCGGCCGUGGCCAAACGAGCCCGAGACGACGACAAGGUCUCGGACGCGAAAUUGGUGGACGCGGCCUCCGAUCGGAGAGACGCCGUCGUCUUUAGGGUCGCGGAGGCCAUCGACGCCAUCCUGGAGAGGAAGAAGUGGCGCGUCGCUGAUCUGUUGCAGGCGGCAGUCGCUUUCGACGACCGCGGUCAAGAUAAAUGUUCGCCUCGAGCGCUGUGCAGAGCUCUCAGGGCGUGGGGCUUGUUUCGCUGUCGAGAUGCCGCGGAAGAUGCUGAUUAUGCUAGAUUUAUCGGCGAACCGAGGUCGAUCUCGAAGCCCCCACCUCCUCCAAAACGCAAGGACCCCUUCCGGCGGAAGAAAAAGGUCCAGCCGCCUCCCGUUGAAAUCCCGAAACCUAGAAGAAAAACACCUCGGAGAAAAGCUCCUCCCUCGAGACGGAAGCCGUCGGCGGCCCAGGCCGCCAAGGACGCCGAGGAAGCGGACCUGCUGGCGCAGCUCGAGUGCGCGCUCGUGACGAUGGCGUCCAAGAUCUCGCACAUCGAGUCGAAGCUCGAAGGGAGUUCUACGUAGUCAAGUCCCCCAAUCCCCAGCAUAAGACUAC